AUGUCUUUUGGAAUGAGCGGUUUAUGGAAGGAAUACGAUAGUGAAUAUCAGCAUGUCAUUACAAAUUCUACUAUAGAUUCAACUACUGAAUUAAUAGAAGAGUCGGAUAAAAAAGUAGUUUAUAUGAAUAACUUAGAAAAAAGAAAACAAGUAUAUGGAAUAUGUGGAGAAUGUAAUGAACCUGGCACAGGAUGGUAUUGGUGUCAACCUUGUAAUGCUAAAAGACUUAAGGAUAACUUUAAAAAUUGGACUAGUGGAGAUAAAAAUAUUGAUGAAUUUAUACAACAAUCACAACUUAAUGCUGUGUACCUUAGUAAAUAUCUUGAAUGGAUACCUUUUGAAAAUUUUAAUAAUAUUACUUAUAUUACCAGAGGUGGAUUCGGUAAAAUCUAUUCAGCAAAAUGGCCUGAAGGAUAUAUUUAUUAUUGGGAUAUUGAAAAU